AUGGCAGAGCUGGGGUGUGCCGGCCGGCGGGCUGCGAAGCGAGUGACUGUGAAUCACACGGGUGUUCCGGGUGCCCAAGUGGGGGCGUUAGCAUCGGGGGGGGGCCUUCUGGGCCUGACUGGCCACCUGGCCUGUCGCUUAGAAAACAUUGGUCCGAAGACUAAUUUGUCACUGCCAGUCAAGAAGAACCUCGAGAGAUGUGAUGAGGCCUUGAAAGCUGGUAUCCGUUGUCCUCCAUGUGAUUCUGCCCAGACCACUUUGGUUGCUUCAGAGAAAUUGGACUCCUUUGCAUCCAUGUUGAGGCAUUCUCCUUUAAUUCAGCUGGGACCUGCCAAAGAUAAAAUUGCCAUUGGUCAAAUAUUCCAUACUGUGGGUGAUGAUCUUUAUAUAGAUUUUGGUGGCAAGUUUCAUUGUGUCUGCAAAAGACCGGAAUUAGAUGGAAAAAAAUAUCAGAGAGGAUCCCGAGUACGUCUGAGACUGCUGGAUCUUGAACUCACAUCCAGAUUCUUGGGCGCAACAACUGAUACAACUUUGCUGGAAGCUGAUGCAGUGCUUUUAGGGCUCGUGGAAAGCAAGCAAACAAAGCAAAAGGAGUAAAUUUCAUGUAAAUAAAUCAACUUUACGUGCUUUGAGCAGAUUAUACAAAUGAAAUGUUCCCUCAGGAAAUGGAUGAAAAUUUUCUUUACUCGUGGUUAUGUACACAGUGAGAUCAAUAAAAGACAAUAAUUACAGCAUA